GCGUCUCGACUUCCGGCGACGUCGUCCUCACAACACGGAACAUGGCGGCCAGCGCGGAGCGGAAUCCUCCUCCCUUCCCUGCAGCCGAGGAGGGAGAAGCUGUGCUGGGUAACAUGGCAGACGGAGACAGCGACGAGGGAGAGGACAUCUUCGUCAGUAAGAUUAACCCCGUGAGUCGAGGCGUUUCUCAGCCCAACCACGUCCCUGAAGAACCUCCCGAUCUGUUCGGUGACACCAGCGACGCAGCCGCCAAGUCCAACGGAGUUCACUCUGAUGACGACAGCGACCUGUUUGCAGACGCACACACAGACGUGAGCACAGAGACUCACGGCAGCUCCGACAGGAAGGAGCCCUCCAGCGCUCGUCCUGGGGUUUCAGGCCUGCAGCCGACGUCGCUGGAGCAGCUGGAGGAGGAAGAGGGCAAGGACAGCUUUGAUGUGGACGUUGCUGUCACCAACCCAGAGAAAGUUGGAGAUGGCAUGAAUGCGUACAUGGCCUUCAAAGUAUCCACCAGGACUUCGCUGCCGAUGUUCAGGAGUAAGGCUUUCUCUGUCAGGAGGCGUUUUAGUGACUUUCUGGGUCUUUACGAGAAGAUGUCAGUCAAGCAGUCGCUCCAAGGCUGCAUCAUUCCACCUCCACCUGAGAAAAGUGUCGUGGGGAUGACUAAAGUAAAGGUGGGAAUGGACGAUCCCUCAUCAGUAGAGUUUGUGGAGAGAAGACGAGCAGCUCUGGAGCGGUAUCUUCAGAGAGUCGUGAGUCACCCUCUGUUAAUACAAGAUCCUGACGUCCGCGAGUUCUUAGAGAGAGAAGAUCUACCCAGAGCAGUGAACACUCAGACGCUUAGUGGAGCUGGAUUCCUCAAAAUGAUCAAUAAAGCGUCAGACGCUGUCAACAAGAUGACCAUCAAGAUGAACGAAUCUGACACUUGGUUUGAGGACAAAUUCCAGGAGGUGGAGAAUGAAGAGCAGCAGCUGAGGAAGCUUCACGCCAUGGUCGACUCUCUGGUCAAUCACAGGAAGGAGCUGUGUGGGAACACGGCAGUAUUUUCCAAAAGCAUGGCCAUGCUGGGAAACUCUGAGGACAACACAGCCCUGUCGAGGGCUCUGUCGCAGCUGGCGGAGGUGGAGGACAAGAUGGAGCAGCUGCAUCAGGAGCAGGCAGCUAGUGACUAUUUCAUCUUCGCAGAGCUGCUGGCUGACUACAUCCGCCUGCUGGCGUCUGUGCGGGUAGGAACAAAUACUGAGGAUUGUAGGAACAGGAGGUUUUUAACUCCCUCUCGCUCUCUUGCUGCCUGCUCUGGGCCGUGGCGGGAUCACGUUGUGUUUACCACCACUGCUACACAGGGCUGCUUUGACCAGCGCAUACGGGCGUGGCAGCGGUGGCAGGAGGCUCAGAGCACGCUCCAGAAGAAGAGGGAGGCCGAGGCCAAGCUGCUGUGGGCCAACAAGCCAGACAAACUGCAGCAAGCCAAGGAGGAGAUCGCCGAGUGGGAGGCGAGAGUAACUCAGUACGAGCGAGACUUUGACAGGACUGCAAUGACUGUGCGCAAGGAGGUUCUCAGGUUUGAGAAACAAAAAGCAAAGGACUUCAAGAGCCAGAUAAUCAAAUAUUUGGAGGCAAUGCUACAGUCUCAACAACGGCUCAUAAAGUUUUGGGAGGCCUUCCUACCUGAGGCAAAGGCAAUCGCUUAAUGAAGAGGGUGACUCUUUUUUAAAGACCCCAACUGCCUUCUGUGAACACUUUACCUCUUGACCAGGAACUGAGAGGACAAGUUAGAAACACACGAGACGCUUUCAUCCAGUUAUUUUUCUUUUGUCAUUUAAAUCAUAGCAUAUUCUCGUAUUUUGUACAGUUCUUUGAUAUAAUAAGCUGCCAUAUUUACAAACCAUUAUACCUUGUUUCUGUUCUUGACUUAAAAGCAGGAGUGAAGCAGAGAUUUACCCGACCAUAGUGUUUCUAAAGCCUGCUGUCUUUCAGUGGGCCAUGUAUUUAUGUUUCCAUAUUAAAGCAUUAACAACAGUACUGCCCUAAAUUAACAUUGCCUAUAGUUUACAUCAGUAGAUGAAUAUACGUGAGCCAUUCCAGCCUAACUAACGAUACAUGAUGCACUAAAUAGGAGGAAAGGCUGUUUUUAAGUAAAAUCCACUGUUAAUGACUAAAGUCAUUACCCAGAAGUAUCAGCACAUUGUUACAGUGUAUCACACUAUACAUAUUAGAUCAUAGAGUGGUUACAAAUGAUGAAGAGAUGUUGGGAGAGAAAAAGCUGCUUGUUAGUGUUUACUACUAGUGUUUUGUAUUGAUCCAUUAGUUUCACUGCAGUUUCAGGUUCGUUCAGUGUCAGAGAUCGAGGCCUGUUGAAGAAAAUGUUUGAUACCUGUAUGAACGGACUCGUACCGUUGUUCAUUACUUGAACGAUGGCAGAAAGACACAGACAUUCAAACCAGGUGGUCUCUUAUUUUCUUAUUUAGCAUUUGUGUCGUUUUUCUGUCUGGUCGUGUUUACAUAAGAAUGUGCUUUAUUUUUGUAACCACUUAGCAUUAGUACACACAUUUUCCUGGCAAUACCCAACAGGUAGAUGUACAAAAUAAACAUGGGUUAAAGCUUUA